AUGGCUGCGGAUCCCUUUGACUCGGCGCUCGACCUCCUCCGCCGCCUGAACCCGAAACACACGAGCGAGCACCUCAACGCAAUCAUCUCCCUGGCCCCGGACCUGACCGAGGACCUCCUCUCGUCCGUGGACCAGCCCCUCACCGUCAAGCGCUGCAAGCAGACGGGCCGCGACUACCUGCUCUGCGACUACAACCGCGACGGCGACAGCUACCGCUCCCCGUGGAGCAACCAGUUCGACCCGCCGCUGGACGAGGGCGGCGUGGGCGGCGGCGCCAUCCCCAACGAGCGGGUGCGCAAGAUGGAGGUCAAGGCCAACGAGGCCUUUGACAUUUACCGGGAGCUGUACUACGAGGGCGGCGUGAGCAGCGUCUAUCUGUGGAACCUGGAUGACGGGUUUGCGGGCGUGGUGUUGGUUAAGAAAGCUGCCACCCCCGGCACCAACACCGAAGGCGUCUGGGACUCGAUCCACGUCUUCGAGGCCAUCGAGCGCGGCCGCACGACGCACUACAAGCUCACCUCCACCGUCAUCCUGUCCCUGUCGACCAACGUCGAGGGCACCGUCGGCGACAUGGACCUCAGCGGCAACAUGACGCGCCAGGUCGAGCAGGACCUGCCCGUCGAGAACGACGACAGCCACAUUGCAAACGUCGGCCGCCUCGUCGAGGACAUGGAGCUCAAGAUGCGCAACCUGCUGCAGGACGUCUACUUUGGCAAGGCCAAGGACGUGGUGGGCGACCUGCGGAGCGUGGGCAGCCUGAGCGACGGGGCGAAGGAGAGGGAGACGCAGAGGGAGCUGAUUGGGAGCAUGAAGCGGUGA